AUGGAAUUUUGCCCAUCCGAUCUUUCAGAACUGAUUCGAGAUCAUGAUUUAUCAGAUUAUCAAUUACAGAAGUAUUGUUGUGAUAUACUUAAAGCAAUUAAAGCAUGUCAUGACCAGCACAUUGCUCAUAAUGAUAUCAAGCUAUCGAACUUUCUGAUAGACCGAUAUGGCAGACUGAAAUGCUGUGAUUUCGGUUUAUCCGCUGUUUAUGAUAGUAGCAAUCAGAAUCUCAAUUUCCGCGGAACAAUGCUAUACAUGGCACCAGAAAUUUUUAACAGAGGCAAGUAUAACCCAUUGAAAGCAGAUAUUUGGUCUAUCGGUGUAACAUUUUUCAUUAUGGCCACACAUUUCUAUCCUUUCUUCGCUAUGGAAAAAGAGAAUUUUAUUCAGAUUGUUAAAACAGGAAACUAUCCAAUGCAUGAAAUCAAGAAUUUGAAUCUCCGUAAGGUAAUCAUUGCAUGUCUUCAGUUGAACCCCGACUGCAGACCAACUGUCGACGAAUUAUUGGGAUAUGAUUUCUUUAAGAUUGAUUAUGGCAGCCCGAAUACUGUGUUCAGAGCUUCAUUGUUAGCAGUUCCAGGUAAGUCCAUAAUUAAGCCUGCUUUAAAGAAACUGAACAACCAACUGAUUAGGAGCAAGUCAACAUUGAGACUUAGAAAUAUUCCUAUCCCUAUUCAAUGA